AUGGCAGGGCCUUCGUCUCUUUCAUCGAUUGAAGGUCAUCACUCUCUCAAUGCUAGCUUCAACGACAAUAUCAAGUUACUUCUGGCAAAGGUUACGGAAAUGCAGGAUGGUUUGAUCGAAUUUCGAGACUCUCCGACCUACCGUGGAAAUCGUUCUGUCUGUCCUGCUCCACCUGCCGCUGACUAUUGUGGCAUCCUCAACAAACAAUCUGCUCCCACAUCAUCAGAAUUAGAUGGAGGUCGUGGUAUGGUUGGCAAUCCAUUGCCUGUACUGUCGAUGGAGACAGGAAGGGAUCGGAGUGUCCCACUUCUGAUUCUAGAAAAUCAGCCACCAACUGCUCGACGAAAUGUCGAACUGAAGGUUCCCACUGCUACAAGUCUUUCUCCUGCCGCAGCUUCUUUUCCAACAGGAAUACCAGAUCAGUUAAUCCACUGCCGCCAACGUCAGGUGUGA